UCCACAUUGGAGAGCUCCACCGCAUCCUCAGGAUAGAGCUCCAUCGAUCGCCAUGUCCGGAGCGCAAGGCGCACAGCCCAAGGGCGCUUUCACGGCGACGACAUACAGCUCCGAGGCGGCAGCCAACAGCGCGGAGGAGCGCCGGCAGAAGCCGGCAAGGACAGUUCUAGGGUCGAGCGAGGACGAGCAUGGGUUGCCGGUGAAGAGGCUCGAGGACAAGGUGGAAGAUGCCACUGGGAAGGGCGGUCCGGUGUUCGGCGCCGGCAAAGAGGAAGGCAAACCCGACCUUGGCGUCACUGGCACCGGCGGAGGCUAACCCCUAAUUUAAUUAUGUGAAAUAGUGUACUGUUCAGCACAUGUAUGAAGCUUCAUACCGUGAAUCCGUGAUGUAAUAUCUAAGGAGUGGAACAAGACAAUAAGGUAAGCAAAA